UCGUCCAGUGUGGUGUUGCUGCCAACGGUCACUCGGUGUUGGUGAUUGCGUUUUGAGCCACGAACGAGGGGAGGUACUAUACAGUGGAUUGCGGAAACCCUAUUAUUUGGGGGAACCGAAGCUUUUCGAAUUGAAGUUUUACACAAUGGGAGCUGUUAAGUUGGAACUUCGUUGUCCCCAAACUGUUGAGGGAAUUGCUGCCGACCCUGAGCCUGAUUGGAGCUUCGAUGCUCUUUUAACACAGCUUAAUGCAUUGGAAACAAAACUUAGUAGCUCUUCCAAAGUCCCAAUGCCAUUCACUAAAGUGCAAUCGCGUCAGUUUUCAAAUGUGAAGAGCGUAGAAAGAAGUUCUAGGCCAUUUGUAAUGCGUGUCCUCGAUGAUGAGGUGGAUGAAAUUGACAAUGCAUAUGAGGAAGCUCAAGAUAGAAGCUCCCUUUCUGCUAAUCGGUUUAAUUUUAACGACCUUUAUGUUAGUGAUGAUGGCGACUCUGAGAAUGAGUCAGCUCUUGAAAUUCAGCCAUACUUGAUGGAGGAAACAGGAUUGGUGGAAGGAGGUUUGAUUGAGCUAACUAGUGAACAUCAGCUUGGGGUCAAGGAGGAGAUUAGGAACAAAAUUUUUACAAUAGAGUCAGAUCUGAUGAGUGAAAAUGAAAAGGUUUCUUCUGCAUUUCUUCGAGUUAAUAAGUAUGGAGAAGCAAGGCGCGAAAAUGAGAGAAAGCUUGAUACCCAAUAUCAACGAAAAAUUGCCGAAGCACUUGAUAAUCACUUGACUGCUAUCCAAAGGGACCAUGAACUCAGGUCCCAGAUAGAAGAAAGGAAAAUAAGAAGUGAUGCUGCUUAUGAAGGGGCCAAAAGAAAAGAGAAAGCUCUCCUGGAAGAAAAGCUCCGCCAAGAAAAAGCCAAAGCAGAAGCUGAGGCAAAACUCAGAGCUGAAGAAGCAAAUAGGGCUGCAAUGGAAGCUCAGAGAAGAGAAGCAAAAGAGGCUGCUGAAAGGGAGGCCAAUGAAGCGUCAAGCCAGGUUGCAGUUCAGAAGGCAGCUUUAGGAUUGCAAACUAAAGCCAAAACCAAGGAAUCUGAAUUUGAAAAACCAAUAAAUUCAGCAUCAGCAGGUGACAUUACUAAAGCUGCUGAAGCUGCGCUAAAGUUGGAGCGGGAAAGAUUAAAAAAGUUGGAAGACUUGGAUGAAGGAAACAAGGCAUUGGGAUUGAAUGUAAAUAAGGAUUAUGUUCGCCAUGAAAGAAAUAUCUCUAAAUUGAUACGGCAGAUUACAGGGACUAAUGAUGUUGUCAAACAAAAAGCAGCAGAACUUGUCAAGAUCCUCAAAAAUCCUGCUUACCCUCAAUCUAUCAGUGCUGGAGCAUUUGCUAGAAAGGUUGUCUCACAUUGUGAAAGCCCUGGUAGCGCUGCUUUUGCAUGUGGUUAUGUCAUUGUUCUUGUCACUUCAGAGGUUCCACAUCUUAUGGAUCUUAUUCUUGCCGAGCUUCACAAAGCUUGCAUCUAUACUGUUCCAAAGCACAUAGUAUACACACAGUCAGCAUUUGAAUCAAAAGAGGCAUAUUGCAAGACUCUUGGAUUUCGAGAAGACGAAGGAAAGGUUGAGAAUGUUGAGGACUAUUUGAAACGAUUAGAAUCAUACAUGAAACUAUACGGCGCUCUGGUUCAGACUGAAAUUAACGGCUUUCAAAAUACACAUGGCUUGAGAGAAGGUUGGGCUUGGAUUGCAAGAUUCUUAAACACUCUCCCUGCUAAUAGAUAUACUGCCGUUGCACUAAGUGCAUUCCUACGUAUGGCAGGAUAUGCUCUCUUCAAAAGAUACAAAUCCCAGUUCAGAAAGAUUUUGAGCAUCAUCUCUGACCACUUUUUGAAUGCUCUAAGAUCUCGGAAAAAUCCGGCGUUAAACCCUGUCAUUGCAGAGAUUCAGUCCUACAUAGAAGACAAUAAGUUCCUUCAAGAGCCAGAAGGAAGAAGCCUGGAGUCGUCGUUGCUAUCGAGUGUCAUGGUGCCCGAGUCAGAUCACAGAAAUUCGUAUCAACGCGUUGAUCACCGAAACUCGUAUCAACGCAAUGAUCAUUAUUACUGAUGUGUACAUAAAUAUACGUAUGCAAAUACUAUAAAGUUGUGUUGCACGGUAUUUGUAAUCAUUUAUUAUGUAUGAUAGAAAAUUUUGGUUAACUUUGUAAGUUAUACUGAUAUGAAAUGCAUUGACGUGAAUAAUUUCUGACCGGUUCUAAAUU